AUGUCCCAAGAGUACAACUAUACGGAUCCCCUCAACUUGGUGGUAGCAUUCCUACUGGGAACGAUUGGAACUUUCGGUGUGGUCUGUAACUCCUUAAUUGUCUACAUUUUUCUCAAAGAAAAAUCUGAACAAACCGCUUUUAAUGUCAUUUGUUUCUUUCGGGCUAUAUCAAAUGUCAUAAUUUUAACAACUAUCUUUCUGAUCACUUACCUACCAAAAACUUUAUUAGGGUAUUCUCCAUACCCACCAGCAAUCGAAUCUUGGUUCAUCAAUACAUCACACCCUUUAUAUCUUGGAAAUGAGUAUCAAAUUGUUCUAAUGGCCAUUAACAGAUUUUGUGCAAUGUUUUUUCCAACAAAAUAUUCGCGUAUAUUUUCAUUAUCUCAUACAACAAUCAUACUCGUUCUAAUCUAUCUCUAUAGAAUUGCACAGAAAAUAUAUGAAUGGUUGCCAGAGUCCGCAAAAGGUUGCUAUACAUUAUUUUCGACAAAAUAUUUUGCUUGGAAGUACAGCAGUGCUCCCGGUUGUGACUAUGUUGAUGGUGCUCCAGAAGUAAUUAAAUAUACUUUUAUAACAACGGCAUUUUUGAAUUUUAUCACUUUUUUGAAGAUCUUGCAUUUUUACAAAAAGUCUAAUAGUUCACAAGUAGCUGUAGAAGCUAAGAAAAGAAUGCGGAAAAAUAUAUUAAAUUUUAUACAAACAAUUCUUCUAGAUUCCCUUUACCUUAUUGAUAUAACUUUUACUUUUGAACUAAGUUCCUGGAGCACUCGCCGUGUGUGGACAUAUUUCUGUGGAACUUUUAUUUGGGAAUGCCUACAUUCUCUUGAUGGAUUUAUUAUGAUAAUUUUCAAUGAAAAGCUGACAUUUCUUAGAAGCAAAACGAGAAAUAAAGUAGUGCUCCCAAUAAUUGGUGGUGGGCAUCCUCGACAAGGCCAGACAUCAGUGACAACAUAUUCUAAUGUGAAAUAA